AUGAACAAAAAAUACACACAUUUAUAGGGUUGGGAAGAAUACUCUAUCUCCAAUACACCUACUAAUUAUCUCAAACUAUUAAGUGAAUCACUCAAUUAUGUUAACACUUCAUAAACUCAUUAUUAUCCCAAGUCUCAUCAAUCAGUCUCACCUAAAAAACAUAGAAUUUUUCAAAGUUAUAUUAAAAACUCUGUUAUUAUUAAUCAUGGUAAUGCUAUAUCCUAAAAAUAACAUUACUUAUAAGGUAAUUUUAUCAAAAAAGCUUAAUUCUCUCCAAAAAGAUAAUUAAAACAUUGCUACAUAGGUCCCAUUUUAUAAUAAAUUAAAAUCUAUUAGAAAAAUAAAAAAAUUGGUUAAAAUGAUUCAAUUAUCAAACAAAUAACAAGAUGA